CUGCGUGCUGGGUCAUUAUGCAGGAGUUGUUUCCGACGUCUGUCAGAUCUGGAGCGACACUGUAACACAGACUGGAUCCUUCAGGCCGACUCUAACCUGACCACAGAGGAGCAGCUGAACCUGACUCUGCCGCGGGACGAGGACGGGAUCUUCAGCAGGUGUCUCAUGUUCGUCCCUGUGGACUGGGACAUCGGUGCCAUCAGGGAGUACGGACUCAACGAGACCACAGGGUGCCAGAAUGGAUGGGUGUACUACAACACACUGUAUGAGUCCACCAUAGUCACUGAUUUUGAUCUGGUGUGUGACAGAGCUAACUUCGUGGGACUGGCACAAAUGGUGCUCAUGGGCGGUAUUCUUCUUGGUUCCUUCGUGUUUGGGCCUGUUACUGAAUCAUUUGGUCGCAAAAGAGCAACCCAAAUUACAACACUUAUAAUCUUAAUAUUUCAAUUAACAACAGCACUCAGCCCCAAUGUCUACUUCUUCUUUGCAUCCCAUUUCAUGUUGGGAUUUGGAAGUGGAGGCUAUCGAGUCAGCUCUGUUAUACUGACCACUGAGUGGAUCGGGCCGUCCAGAAGAUCAUGGGGAGCAAUCAUGAGUCAGCUAAUAAAUGCAGUUGGACAGUGUAUUGCCGCUGGAGUGAUCUACCUCAUCCGACAGUGGAGAGUGAUUCAGUUCAUCACAGUGGCUCCACCUGCUGUGACUCUUACUUACUUAUGGUUUAUUCCAGAGUCGGCCAGGUGGCUGUUAAGCAGAGGAUGGACAGAAGAGGCCAGCCAGCUGAUCAUAAAGGUGGCAGCCAUCAACAAACGGCCCGUUCCAGACACUCUUCUGGAAAAUAUGGUUGUGAAAGAAGAUGUAAAAAAAAAAGGAGGCAUUAAAGUGAUUUUCAGAUCACCUGCACUGACCAAAUAUUUCGGCAUCCUGACACUGGGAUGGUUUGCACUGAACCUCGCCUUCCUCUGCCUGUACUUCAACAUGAGAAACUUGGGCUUCAACAUCUUCAUCACACAGUUGUUGUUUGGUGCGACUGAAAUACUGGCUAAUUUACUGUGCGUGUGGCUGUUGGAGGUUUUUGGCAGAAAACUAUUACUCGUAGCAACACUUAUGAUGGGAGGACUCGCUUGCUUGCUAAUCCUAGCUGUUCCUCAAGAAAAUGGCACUGCUGUUACAUCCUUAGCUGUCGCAGCGCGAUUUUUCCUGGUCGGGGGUGUUUGUGUAUGUAAUGUUUAUGUUCAGGAGUUGUUUCCCACGUCUGCCAGACAAACAGCCACAGCUUUAGGAGCCAUGAUAGGCAGAUCAGGUGCAGUAGUGGCUCCUCUGCUCAACAUGUUGGCCGUGUACCACAGGGCCAUUCCCAUCGCAGUCUACGGCAGCCUCGCGGCGGUCAGUGGAGCUCUCUGCUUCCUGCUCCCUGAGACCAGGAGAAAAGAGCUUCCCGAGUCAGCCGAGGAGGUCGAGAACAACAGAAAUGAAACCUCAGAAGAGUGAACAGGUGUGGUUAAAAUGCAGAAUGCAUUUACUUCAGACCGCGCUGAAGUCGUUGCUUCAAAAUUCAUCAUAUAAACAGACCAAAAUCAGCUGCAGGAGUUAAGAAUAUAAUGUGUUCUUGUCUUAUUCUGCUUAAUAUGUCGGAAACCAAGCUUUCAACAUGUAACUAUAUGGUUUUUAAACAGUAAUCAGAUUUUUUUUUAUUCUGAGUAUACACCUAACAUAUAACAUAAUGGAA